AGACAUUUUAUGCCUCACGAACUCUAGAAAGUUCACGCUUAUCACAAGAUCGCCGUUGCGUUCGCGUCGAUGCGAAUAAUGCGUAUUGCGAAAUGAACGCACAUUCGCGGGUAAUUAACUGCUACACCUGCGAUAGAUAUAUGAUGUAAAGAAACGAAACGAUAUGUGACGUGUUCCGUGAAGUGUAGUGCUCGUAACUCUGUGGAAGCACAGCGAAAUCGACUUACAUAAACUUAAAUAAUCUUGGCGUAGAUGACCGAGAGAUCGUAAUGCACUAUGAAAAUCUCAUUGAAAGACAACAUCCCCGAGAAGAAACUAUAGCGCCUUGACGACGCUAGAAAGUGUGACCACGACUUUCCGUAAAGUUUAGAACGGCAACCGCAUUUUCCUCUCCCCCUCCUAAGAUCUGGCGAUUUUACGUAACGUGUCGAGCGAUCCAAGAGUUUUUCCUACCAGGUCAAGCACUCACACAUCAUCAUGAUCAACAGUGUUGAGAUCGUCACGAGACCGCCGUGGUGAACCUUUACCAUCACCAUCAACCGCAGGUCCUCUUUGCAUUCGCUUGUGUCUCUCCCUUCUGUGCCUCUCUACACACGAACACACCUAGGCACGCUUACUCACUCGUUUAUUCGCUCUUUCGCUUGUUCGCACGCUCAUUCCUUCGCUCACCCACUGGCUUGUUCGCUCACACAUACAUACUCACACAUGCAUAAGGCACACACUCGUUGACUACCUGACAAGAACUCGAGCUCGGCCAGUCACGUGGCCACCGAUCGCGAAGGAUGUUUGUGGGACCGCAAAGUCAGUCUGUGGCGGUCGGUCCGUUGAGAAAGAGAGGAUAGAGACGCUAUCGGGUAGAAGAGACGGAGGGAAAGGACUGAACGGAGGAGGAGAUACUGGAUCGGGGAUACCGCCUGGGGUCUCGGGAUCGUCGCUGUUCUAACUACCUGUCCAAAGGCAUUCGUUGUGCGAUCGUUUUGGCUUAUUCCUCGUAAUUCACCGAAUCAAAGUUUUCAAGUGUUUUUCGCGAUUGGUUCCUAUCAUCACAGGAGCGAGAGAAGUCUUGAAAGGCUAAGUCGAUGAAAGGAGGCAUCAUUGAUGCGAUCAUGACGUAGGAAUCAAUAGUGUUUUAAUUUUAGAAAAGGAGAAGAAAUUGCCAAUUGUUUGUGCGUUAGAAAGUGUGGAUUUCAGUGCACUGAAACGUGGAAGACGCGAUGUGACGUCAAGCGAGACUCGGAAGUGACUGCUGAAGAGACGCGCGGAUGACGCGAAGACGAAGUGGCUCGAGUCAAAGAAGAUGAUUUUCUUUUAUUCGAAAUAACAAUACGUAAAUUAAAUUAAAUUCUUGGUUCUUCCAACAAAAUUUUUUUGUUCCUUCCUCUAUCCUAUAAUAAAGGAAGAAUAAAGAAGUUUUAUAUAAAGAAAUUUAAUUACCGAAUUUGUUAAAAAUAAAUUUUGAUACGCUUCAGAAAAAAGGUAGAAAAGAAGUCCUUUGUCAGGACCAUUGAAUGUUUGGUGCGCACUGUGAAUCGUGGCAUGCGAUAGAAAGUUUACUUACAAAAGGCGGCAAGUCAGGUUGCCUCGUUCGUUCACAAAGAAGCGGAUUCGCCGGGUCUGCUCGUACACUCUUCAUGGAAGGAAAGCUCAAGCGAUCGAGAUAGAAAGGCGACUAUCGAGGCCGUAAACGUCAUCUUGAAGAUCAGCUUCAAUGACAAGCUGAAGAGAGAAAGAGACAGAGAGAGAAAGAAAGGAGAAGGACGAAAUGCGCGCGAAGUAAAUUCCUGUAUUGAGAAUCGGAAGUGGCUUCUUGAGACUUUUAAUUGACGUGCACGAGGAAUAAUAUUUUGCGACGUGAUUCCCGCGAUUGUGUGGAAAAUCGCAGGUCGAUUCCGCGAUCGCGAACGAAGAGGUAUUUGAGAAAUUGAAGACACCGCGCAUGAAGCUAUUAGCGAGCGAACGAAGGCACGUUUCGUGGCUCCCGCAGAAUUGUAUGCAAAAUCGCGUCGGCGAUAUCGCGAGGCAUCGACGCGAUCGCGACCCGCUUACGAAUAAAGAGGACGAGGUGGAUUCGAGGGGAGAAACGAAAGAGAAGAGGCGAAAGAGAAGGAAACCCGGCGAAUCGAGGGUACGCGCGGCAAGAUUGCGGUGAUUUCGCUGGCGCAACAGUGUGUGGAAUCAUGUGGCGACGUUGCACAACAUUCCCGUCAUCUCCGAUCAGCAUUUAAAGCAUGCUCGUCCGUACGUUUUAAGGGAAUAAGAUAAUUCCAAGAAACGCAUGCCUCGCGAGUGCAAUACUCCGGGCUGCAAUAGAUUUUGUACAAAGAUAUCCAACGGCUAUUAUAUUCGUCUCCGACUGACAAUACAUCGCAAUAAAAUUGCAAACAACGAAUUCCUAUCCUACGAAGAAUUUUGCGGGUGAUAAAAUAUAAUUCUCGCUGACGCGAGAAAUUUGUCAAGCUCACAAAAUAUACUUCGCUUGCCGAGUUAUUUACCGGCGUUCCUCGAUUCCGUUGGCUUAUAAUAGACACGCACGCGAUACGGACGAUGAUAAACGUCGCUUCUUAUCUUGAGAAAAUUUUGAACGAAGCGCAAUCUUUAUCGUUUACGUGCUAGGUGAAGGUACCUCGUAUUACUGCUGACAUUUAGUACCAUGUUUAGUAAUAGCGGUAAUGGCAUAAAUAUUUUUACGUGUAUUGACGUAAUUGCGAAUCGAGAUUGUGCAGUUAGUUGGCUCGAAAAGUAAAAUUCAAAAAGUAAAUUUUUUUUGCAUACGUAUAAGUAUGUCGUCAUAGAGGAUGAGCAAUCGCUUUGAAGGUUAGAAGAUUCGAAAGACGAGCGGAAUGCAGCUGGCAACCAGUCAAAGGCCUCAUCCGCCUCCGGUGCCACCUCGACCGAGUCGGCAGGUGGUUGCCGAGGCCCUUAAAAGAUCACCAAGGCCGCCGUGUCCCACUAGACAGGCACCACCGCCGCCAAACACGAAGCCCUGGAGAUCCGAUCAGCAACAAAUGCAGCAGCAGCAGCAGCAGCAGCAACAACAGCAACAGGUGGACCCAACGGGUGGACGUACAACUGUAUACGAAUCCCUCAAGGAGUGCACGAAGGAUUGCAAGGACGAGAAUGUAUCCAACGACAGAAAUUCACGAGAUCGCAACCAGACGCGAAAUACAGACGCAAUUGUUGAGGAUAAUCGGUCGGAGAAUGGAAACAAAGUUACCUCGUCUCACGAUCAACAUCACAGACUUGGUACCGGUUCAGAAAAGCCUUAUCCCACGGGGAACGUUCCAGUGAACAUCGUGCGGAAGCGCAACAGUCUGACCGAGGAUCAACGGCCGCAACGUAAGCUGGAGAUCCGAAGAAACUCCCGCGGGAAAGACCUAACCGGUGCUCUGCCAUAUCAUCGUGAUCGAUGGAAGAAGUCUCCUGAUAAAGAUCAGCAAAGAGAGAAUAGUGUCGUCACCUCGACUGAGAAAUUCGAAACGGCACUGACGACGACGAAGCCACCGGUAGCUAUCCGAGCUGUCAACGUGUCCUUCGAAGACGAGCAUCGUGCCUCGUCCUCCAGUCCGGAUUCCGCUCGAGGGCAAGUCACAGUGAGUCACGCGGAAAAAUGCAAUGGUGAUUUGGAGAAAACAGACGGGCGCAACGCCCGAUCGACGCCCACGUGUCCUGAUGAGCAACAAUUGCAACAACAGCAGGAAACGUUCGUGGCUAGUGGAAAGCUCGGUAACGGAGGUGUCAAGACUCUGUCUCCUAUUGAGAAAUCGACGAAUAUGCCGAGCGUUGACCGCGCUGCCACCACGUUGCUCGUCGUCGACGAAUCAGAGCGUAAAAUUGCGCCCAGCGAGCAAGAGGACAGUAACGACAACGAUAGCGACAACAAUAUUCACCGGCAGGACUGGCUGGAGGCGGGGGUUCGUUACUCUUCCACGCAGAUUACUUUGCAUGGAGAUGAUGGCGACGACGACACCGACACCGUCGACGUGGGUCGAGUCAAUGGUUAUGAUCAUCACGAAGAGGAGAGAAUAACUGAUCUUGAUUUCAUCAGUAUUCAAGAAAGGAUUGCGAUGUCUUCCCUGCAAGGAUUACCCCCGUUACCGAGAAGCUUGAGUGGCUUCAACCUGAGCGGUCGCGGCGAGAGCGGCGAGCCGCCUCCACCGCCCACGAGGUCGUCCAGUAAAUCCCAAAGAGGCAGCAAAACGUCGCUGCAAACAUCAUCAUCGAGACCGUCUCCACCUGCCAGACAACUUACUACCUUGGAUACCCAACUAGCAGUGCUCAGGAGAGAAAUGUUUGGUCUGCGGCAACUCGAUCUCUCGUUAUUGUCGCAAUUGUGGUCCUUGAACGAGUCGAUCCAGGAGUUCCGACAAUUACUGCAGGAACAGGAGGAUCGAGCGCCUUCACCGUCGCCCAGCAGCGAAGAAGGAGAAGAUAUGACUUAUGGGGUGCAUCCGCCGCCGCCACCAAGAAGACCGGCACCCACACUACAUCAUCGGCCGCCACGACCUCCCAGGCCACCCAGGCCAUCAGCCAGUGACGAGUCACCAUCGAGCGAGGAGUAUGGGGCCGUUUGACGUAUCGUCACUGAGAGGAAGAAGUACUCAAAAAGGUCUCGGUCCUCUCAUCGCACCUAGAACGGCGUUCCAGCGAGCGCCAGUAUCUCCGAAACAUGAGAAAAAAACCUCAAAGACUUUCGUGAAAAUGAAAACUACUAUCAAAAUUGGUGGUCAAGAUUUGCGCGUGCACGCGCUUCGUGAUAUUCGAUUGCGAAUUUCUGAUUCCUAAGAAGUACCUGCAACGUCGCUUGCAGAACCAUUCGAGAUCGUUCUUUAAUUUGUGACCGGAAUUGAUGAUCGAAUCGGUCGGUUGGCUAAAAGAUUAUUUCGCGGUAGAUUAGUCGUGGUCGCGCGUACAGUACUAUCUGCGUAACUAUCCGGAGAAGUUGUCUGCUUUUCCCGCAGGCCGUCGUUUAGAGAACUAUUCGAGAUUAUCUGUGACCGCUAUUUCAGCACGAAAAGAUUGAUGAUCGAAUCAAAACUCGACGGUGGAAGACCGCAGUAGUUCAGCCGCCAAUACGCGAAAGUUGUUUCACAUAUGCAAGAUAAUAAUCACUUCUCACAGAACUUCUGCCCGGAGAAGAGCAUCGACUUGCCAAUUUGCAAUAAUGACAUUCCGUAUAUAUCGCGCUCUAAAUAAGGAAGGACUCGAUUGCCGCGAGCGAGAGAGCUGACUUCAGCUCGGCGCGCCGCUCUCCUCUCUACUUGUGAUAACGCUCGAAGGGGCCUUUGAUUAAUGAUAAUCGCACCCAUUUGUGCGGAUUAAGAUUUCUCCGCGACUCCGCUCUGCUAUAGAGCAAUUGUAACAGAUCCGAGCCCAAAGCAUCGCGAUUUUUUCGUGUUGUGAUCCAAGAAAAGACGUGAUUCUUUGGCAUCAUCAACCGAGAAACAGCGACUGGUGAAAGAAUCACAGUGUUCUCUUCUCUUCCAUGUUUUUUAAUAUUGUUGCAUACCCGUCGCAAAACUUAUCCUCGUUGCUGCCGUCGGGUUACCUGCGCAAUUAGAUCUGCCAUACACGCGAAGAGAAUGGAUAAAUUUAAUAUCUUUUAAAAGCAAUAUUUAACAGAAUUUGUAAAUGUUUGAUUUCUAGACAUUACAGAUAUAUAAAAUAAGCCUUAUAGGUAUAUAAUAUCUUACAGCAAAUCUUCGCGUGUACGGCAUUUUUGGGAAAACGAAAAUUGUCAAUGUUCCACGACGCCCUUUCGUGUAGAUUAGAACUGUGUAAAGAUAUGUAAGACUAUGUGCAAAAUAAAUGAGACUUAAUUUAAAUAUACGCUGA